CUUUAUUACAGUGAAGAAUUAGCCAGUAAAGAAUACAUGGUCACGGUGGUGCUAAAAAAAGAGGCAACGAGUAAAAUGAAGCGCAGAAAUGGCGGAGCUGGUGUUCAGUGAAAUGGCGGCAGCUAAUGUAAUCUUGAGGAGAGCGGACGCCGGAAAUGUAUGCUUCGACGCCUAUCUACCACAACGGAAAAGAAUAAGGAAAGGAGUUAUCACAGAUUGGGAGGAACCGGUCGAGGCCCUUGAAGAGGCUUUGAUGCCAGGACAACCCGAAGCAACUUUCGAGAGAUUAAAGAGAAAGAUAAAUAAGGAUGGCAAAAUAGAAUGGGUUGAGGGAGUCGCCAUCUUGGCGACCUUCAAGGGGGACCAACUACCGAAAAAGUUAUGGAUUGGAUACGGACACGUCAGUGUUAGGGUGUUCCCAUAUGUGGAAUCAGUUAAGCAAUGUUAUAAGUGCUUCGGUUUUGGACACGAACAGAGACAAUGUAGGAACAAAUAUAGAAGAUGUAUCAAGUGCCUCGAGAAUGAACACGGUCAGUGUGACAGACCGGUAAGAUGUAUGAAUUGCGGUGGAGAUCACACCAGCUUGUCAAAAGGAUGCUGGAAAUACCAGAGGGAAAAGGCGGUUAAAAAAGUGAUGGCAUAUAGAAACGGGGCUUACGCCACAGCAAGAGACUUCGUAGCUAAACAAAUGGGAGAGAAAGGCUUUGUGGACGAUGACACAAAUGGAAUUGAAAGAUAUAGAGACUUCCCUGCCCUGGCCAGACGUAAUAAGGCCAGGAAUCCUGAAUACUGGGAGAAGGGGGAAGUCCCCCUGGCACCUACCCCAACGCACAACCCUAGAGGAUGGGAAGUAGCAAUGGGGAUCAGAAAGGACCCGGAUGCCCCCCCGAAGGGCAGAGGUAAAGGUAGAUUGAACUUGGUGGUAGAAAAUGACCCGAUAAAGACGAGAGAGGGUUUAAUUCGCAGAAAGUUAAUAGAAAUGGAAAAAAGAACAUGGGAAAAUAGAUAUAGUACAUUACAACAGGAAUCUGACUUGGAAGAUGGGGAGGCGGAAUAUACAUACGGACACGGGGAAUUGGAAGAAGCCGCGAUCAAUUGCAUAAGCAAAAUGGAGCAAAGAGCCAACAGAGAGCUCAUAGAUAAACUAAGGAAAAGAAGAGAGGAGGAAUUCUUGUCAGAGCUGCUAAGCCUCAUUGAAGAUAUAGGCUUUGAAAAAGAGGUAGAACAGCAUCUGAGAAAGAAAAAAUAUGGAAGCAAGAAAUCUGAAGAGGAAGAGUUUGCGGAGUGGAAUACCCCGCAACAACCACCAUGGAGUAUCACAAUCCCGGCCAAAACGCAGGCCAAAAUUCACAGGAAAAAGGCCUUGUAUAAGGCAAGGGAGGAGGAAAAAAGGAAACAACAAGAGGAAUGGGAAAACAGUCUGCCUGGGCCAUCGUAUGCCAGGCGUGAAAGAGAAAGGGAGCAAGCCGCGGAGGAGAAAGAAGAGGAAAGGUGCCUGGAAAGACUCAGAGAAAUGAAGAAGGGCCCGAUGGGUUGGAUUUUCCGUCAGGAUGGCGAAAAUCACGCAGAUAAGGGUGGCGAAUAGUGGGCAAUGUGGUUUGAAGUGUUGGCCCUUAAAAGGACUAGCGCAAUUGUUUUGGAAAAUUUUAUUACUCCUUAGGCUUAAAAAUUGGUUUGUUAGAACUUGGAAAUUUUUGUAUAAGAUCUUGUUAGUGGAAUGUAAUGUAUGUUUGCUUAUUGGAUGGAUGGAACAAGAAUGGUUUUGGAAUCUUAUAAGAAAUUAUAUUAAUGAAACUUUUAUAAAAUGUUGUUUAGAAUACGAGAGUAUGGAUAAGAUUUGGUAUGUAUUAGAGGAGUGGCAGCAUUGGAGGAUGAAAGUUGCCACAAAACCGAUGGAUGUACAGGUCCGUAAAGACUUAGAGACUACGAUUAAAGAAUACUAUAGGAGAGAAGAGGGUAACACCUUUUUGUUUUACUUUGUGUAUUUAUUGGGGUUAUGAAGGUGGAAGGUUGUUCUAUGUGAAAAAGAAACUCUUAUAAUUAUAAUAAAGGAUAUAUUAUUUUGUA